AUGCCUGUCCAACGCAUCGGCCAAUCGAUCCGUCUUCGUAGAGAGUACGUUGAUGAAUAUAUCAAGAUCCAUUCGGAAGUCUGGCCUGGCGUUUUGAAGAGGAUUGCAGGCAGCAAUAUCCACGAUUACAGCAUAUUCUACGACAAGCAGUCCAGCAUCCUGUUCGCCACGUUCAAAUACACCGGUGAUGAUUUCGAUGCCGAUAUGAAGGCCAUGGCUGAGGAUGAAGAGACGCAGAGAUGGUGGAAGGUGACGGACAAGAUGCAAGAGAGUCUGAAUGAGGGUGCCACCAGCAGUGUCGAUGGAGGUUGGUGGCGCGCAUUAGAUGAGGUGUUCCAUGUCGAGUAG